CGGGGGAUUCGGUCCGUCUGUGAGGAGAGCUGUUCGCGGGAAAGAAGAAUAGCAGCAGCAGGAACCACCAGAUCUGACAAUCUUCUCAGAGGUAUAAAGAGAUAUUUUAAACCUGCUGCACAGUCGGGAUGUUGUUCCGCUCGAUCGUGGAUAGAGGAGUGGGCCGACGGAGGCAGAACGCUCUCCCUGCAGAUCCCUGGUCCAGGUAUCCUCUGAGCUCUCUGCUGGAAGGCUACCAGUGCGUCCGACAUGAUGAGCACGUCUCCUACGGGAACCUGGGGGACUCCGUGCCACCGUUUGGAUUAGCGUUCUCCUCUGCAGUAACGCUACAGAACGUCCUCGCUGCAGCUAAUGAAGAAGGCAUUGUACGGAUCUACAACACAGAGAGCAGAGACAACCCGCUUCUUAAAGAAUGGCUGGCUCAUGAGAACGCCGUGUUCGACAUCGCCUGGGUCCCCGGGGAGCCUCAGUUAGUGACUGCAGCAGGCGACCAGACCGCCAGGCUGUGGGACGUGAAGACCGGGGAGCUGCUGGGAAGCUUCAAGGGUCACCUCUGUAGCCUCAAGUCUGUCGCAUUCGCCCCGCAGGAGAAAGCUGUUUUCUCUACUGGAGCCAGAGAUGGAAAUAUUAUGGUCUGGGACACCAGGUGCAGCAAAAAAGACGGUUGCUACAAACAGGUGAAACAAAUCAGCGGUGCUCACAACAAAGCAGAGGCGAACCCCCCCUCAAAGACGAAGAAGAGGCGGAGCAGCAUGCGUGGCAUGGCUCCUAGCGUGGACACCCAGCAGAGUGUUACGGUGGUUUUGUUCCGUGAUGAGCAAACCCUCAUCUCUUCGGGGGCUGUCGAUGGAGUGGUGAAGAUGUGGGAUCUGAGGAAGACCUACACCGCCCACCACCAGGACCCUGCACCGCUGCAGACGUACCCGUACCCCGGCUCCUGCAUGCGCAUGCGACUGGGUUAUUCUGGACUCGUCCUGGACUCGUCAAGAUCCAACGUCAUGUGUAACUGUACGGACGACAGCAUCUACAUGUUCAAUGUCUGCGGAGUGAAAACCUCUCCAGUGGCGGUUUUCAGUGGCCACCAGAACUCCUCGUUUUAUGUCAAGUCCACUAUCAGCCCUGAUGACCAGUUCUUAGCCAGUGGAUCAAGCGACAACCACACAUACAUCUGGAAGAUCUGUGAUCCUCAACAUCCUCCCACGAUGCUUCAAGGCCACAGUGAGGAGGUCACAUCUGUUGCAUGGUGUCCAACAGACUUCACCAAGAUUGCUUCCUGUUCUGAUGAUCACACUAUACGGAUCUGGCGGCUUCACCGGGACAUAGAUGGAGCAGAAUCAUCAGUGUGGGAAGCUAACAGAGUAGGAUGGGCUCAUCCAGUGUCUGCCUCAAGGCCUUCAGUCAGAACUGAGACGACCCCCGCCAAGGUCCAGAGGACGGAGAGUCUUGGUGGCUUAUCCUCACCCCGGCUUGCUGCCUGUGCUCCCAGUGGAGCCGCCCUGCCUUUUCCAUCCAGCACCCCAUCGCCCAUCCACUCUGAGGACGCCAAGGCGGCCGCUGUUCGCCAGAGAACACCGCUGUCCAUCAAACAGUGGUUAUCCCCGAGCCGUGGAUCUCCCGGUCAGGUCAGCCCUCCGCUCCGCCGGGUGCUGACCCCGUGUCCCCAGAGCCCGGCGAGCAGCACCUCUCCCACAGAACGACGGGCCAAACGGAGGCUGGAAACCGGUGACAGUCCGUCAGCAGGCUGCGAGGGCACACAACAGUGUGACUGUGUCGCUGAACUUUACCCUGGAGCCAAGAGAAGCCGCCUCCUGGCUGGUAUCUGCUGCCCUGUCCAGGAGAGCUCAGGACAAACAGACUGCCACACAGAGGACAGCAAACAGGCCUCCUCCAGACAGACUGGCAAGGAGAACUGUUCUCCCAGAGGAGUCAACUGGCUGUCAGAGAUGGGCCAAAAGAUGAAGAAAUGUCACGGAAGCCCCAGUACUCCCAGGAGUCCCAGCACCUCGAAGAAGCAAGAAGGGAAGACACCAGCUUCACCAGCCAUCCGCUCGCCACAAACCAUGAAGAAAAUCUCCAUGUAUUUUACAAGAAGGCCUCUGGAGUGACCCACUUGAGUCGAUUAAAUGCUUCUGUUUAAGAUGCUAUGUUUUUAUUUUAUUUGGGAUAUUUUGAAGUGGAACCCUCAGACGUUAAGCCUCUAAGAGCUGAUUGAUGACCAGAUUACAGGAGUAUAUGAACCUCGGCUGCACUGAGAAGGACUUAAUAGCCAUUCUGAAUAUUUGAUGCUGUGGUUUUGACAAUUAAUGACUGCAUUUUUUAAAAAAUUUUUUGGGUUUUGGGGGGUUUUUUUGUUAGAUAAUUGCCUCUUAGGUUUUGCAGUCGCCUCCUGCACAAUUUUCUGGUGCUGUGCGCAAUUUCUAUAAGAAAUGAAGUUGCACGUUGCAGUGUAAAUCUUUCAAUUAACUCAAAUCUCACAACUUUACAAGAUGCUUUAGCAUUCAAUGCAAAAACCCACAUUUAAUACAGUGUUCAUGAGGCUGACUUGCUGUCAAUCCUCCAGUGUAGAGAAAAAUAUUCUGCUAAAAAAAUUAUUUGGUUAACAUGUUUGAGCCCUUUUAUCAACUUCACCAACAUUAAAAGGUGAGCCACUCACAGACCAUUUCAUUUUGUAAGCAAAUCAUUUAUAUCUUUAUCUGUUUGUGGGCUUUUUUAUGUAUGGGUUCAAUCUUUUCAAUCAGUGUUACACAAACAAUUGUUUUUUUCUUUUUUUUUGUUGAGAAAAUGCUUAAGUUGUUUAUAUGUACAAAAUAACCGUGGAAUGGUUUAUUUGUAUUUAAUUGAUACCGCUUUGUCAUGGUCAGAUGUUAUUAAAUUUAAAAUAGUUUUCA